AUGCCGCGCAGAGAUAGAAGCUUACAAAUCAUGGGGAACGAUUCACCUAAUGAUUUAUUUCCAAGUUUCCCAAAGCAAAGUAGUAUUUCAAAUGUGAAACAUCCGAUUCAAUUUUGUACUACAGUCAAUGAACCUGAAAGAAAACGACCCAUUGUUCGAGGUCUCUCAGAAAUUCUUAACAAGGAUGAUAAUUUAACUUCUGUCAAAAAGGAUGUCGAUAAGCGUGGAGGAAUUUCCACGACUGAGACUUCGGCUUCUUCAAUUGCUACGUCAUCAUCAGAUACUACUCCACCCUCUAGUCCAAAUAACUCACAUUGCGAAAGUAAAAUUCAUCAUCUUUUGGAGGCAUCAAAAGAUCUAGUUUCUUUAUCAGCCAGCACUGCCGAAUGCAAGACUGUUGAUAAUUUACAAGCUGCAUCCACCGGCUUUUUUCCAUUUCAUCAAGAAUCUUUUCCGAGAAUGGAAUCAACUCCAGAAGUUGAAGUUGAUGUUCAACCGAAAGACCGUAAAGGGACAGUGUUCACAAACAUACUGAAUUCUUCAUUAUUCAAAUCUGCUAUUGAACCUCGGGAGGAUCUAACCAUUCUUUUGGAUUCAGUGCCUGACAGAAAAACUUGUGAUAAUCUUUUACACAGAUAUAGUGUAUCUGUUCAUCCGAUAAUACCCAUUCUUGAUUGUAAGAAUUUUUAUCUUUCAUACGAAUCGUUUUGGAAUGAUCCAUCCUCGGCGACACUUCCAUUCUAUAUUGAGCUCUUUACCAUUCUUUAUUGUGCAUCAGUUGUUAAAUAUGAAGAGGAUGCUCUCACAUUUCCACACGAGGAAAUUAGGAAAAGGCUUCCAAUUCUUAAAAAAUACGUUGGAUGUGCUGAAAUUGCAUUGUCAAUGUACAAAUUCCCUCGAAAUAUCACAAUUGAGGGUCUGCAAGCGACGGUCAUAUUACACUCAGUCUUAAGAAAUGAUUGUCGAACAAAUGAUUCAGGAAGUGUUGGUGCAUUGGUAAGAUUGGCUCAAACAGUAGAGCUUAACAGAGAUCCAUUAAAGUAUCAUGGUAUCACAGAUAUGGGCACGGUUCAGAGGAGGAGGAUAUUAUGGUGGCAACUAGUUUAUCUUGAUGUAACAACAUCACUUUCAAAUAGACUUUCCCCUAUAAUUUCUGGAGAUACGUAUGACACGCAAUUUCCAAGUGAAUAUGUGAAGGAUUGUCAUGGCUGCUUUGUUCUGGAUCAACCGAUCGCCUUCUUAAAUGGAAGAUUCCGCUGGGCUGAAUGUACAAAUAAAAUACUUCACAAUGCCUUUAAUUUAAAACCUCUUACAGAUACGGUUUAUCACGAGUUAUAUGAUGAAAUUGAAAAUCUUUCAUUUUAUACAACCUCUCUUAUACAACGUGUGAUGGAUCCUGCGAAUACGCUACCGGCACAUGAGAGGUUUGCAAGCUUUUCUGCUAGUAUUCUGUCUACUCUUCCAGAUCGUGCAUACCUACUUCUUUACAUUGGUCGAACAAGAAAGGGAAAUAAAAAUGCUUAUUUUACUCCUGGAAACAGUUUUUCUCAUGGUCCAGAUGAACAUAUAUGUUUAAAAGGAGAUUUACCAGACAGCUCUUCGAUUGGAAAUAUCAGGAUUGAGAAGCUGGAUGAGGAACUUAUUGAGCACCAAAUACAUUUGCUAUCCGAAUUCAUAAAAUAUGGAGAAAUGCCCAAUCAUAAGCUUUUCUUGUGGGAUAUACGAAAGUUUCAACCUAUUCAAGCGAUGCUGUCAUUAAUAAAAAUCCUUUUAAUUCAGGCCAAAGGGAUUCAAGCUCAAAACAAAUUUGAGGAGUUUUAUAAGCAUUAUGACUUUAGGGACGAUGAAAAGGUAAAAGUCAUAGAUAAAGCAAUAGAAAAGCUUUCCUAUUUAUCAGUCCACACUACAAAAUUAUGCAAGAAUCGCUGGCAGCUUCUUAAAAAUUUACGGUGUGCAGUUUGGGAACAGCUUGGAGUGCAAUCUAAUAGAGAUGUCAACUAUGAUCUUCAGACUGUAACUGAUUCGUUGUCGGAUGAGGAUGAUAUUAGAAAAGAAGGACAUAAAGUAUCAGAAAGUGAUUGGCGCAAAUUACUUGAAGAUCUUGACAAGCUUGAGGAUGUCGUGGACGAAAAUAUCAAUAUAAAGGUAUGGGAUCAAAAGGCUGGUAAUUAUUUAACGUAG